GACAAAACGUAAAAAAAAGCACCUGUGGCACACAUUACCAAAAAAAAGUGCAUGGGGUUUUCCGCAAUUUUCACUACAUAGCCCGGCUAUUUUCAUAUAUCGCUUCGAGAGGUCACGCAGCUUUCGGGUAUCUUCAGUUCUUGAGGCUUUGUCACAUAGUCCAUAAUAACAUCACAGUUUCUGAUAGAGGGUGCCAAGGACUGAGGCACGUUUCGUCACCACAGAGUAGCUUGGCAAGGUUCUCAUCCUGUCUCAGGAACACCUCAGGACAAUUGAGCUCUUUAUACACAGAGUGGGGUACCUGGCUCAAGUGUGGUUGGGAUAUAGAAAGCAGAGUCCAUCACAGUACUAAGUUACAAGAACUUAUCUCGGAGGACUCUCUUUCUUAGCACUGAUACCAUCACAACAGGAUAGAGAAAGGGAGAAGGCACCCACCAUCCAGGCUCCCAGAACCUUUGGUUAGCCCCUUUGGGGUCCACAGUCUGCCCUCUAUCUCAACCCGGUGUUAACCAAGAAAACGGACACGUACAGGACACAUUGACAGUGUAGUCCUCCUUCCGUCAUCUCCAAGCUGAUCUUUCGGUGGCUCAAGACAGUAUCAAAUUGGGAAGACAGUAUCCAACUGGCAAGACAGUGUCCAAUUGGCAAGACAGUAUCAAAUUUGGAAGACAGUAACCAACUGGCAAGACAGUGUCAAAUUGGCAAGACAGUAUCAAAUUGGCAAGACAGCAUUCAAUACGCCAAACACCAAAAAAAAAAAAUUAAAAGAAGUGUAGCCCUCCUUCCUUACAUCAAGGGAGUAUUUGAAGAGGAUGACAUGUUCGGAUCACAGCAUCCCCUGAAUUCUCCAUCUCCCAGUACUAGUACCCAGCUAUCACUGACAGUCAUCCAACCGUUAAACGUUCUUCACUAAGUAGUGUCUACUGCCAGGCAACAAUCCAUGGCUCCCAAGCAUCCCGACAUGGCAGAUGAGCAGGAUAGGCUUAGCACCUUUUUCCGGUGGCCAUCGUAUGCUCCAGUUAGCCCACCAGUGCUUGCCAAAGCAGGGUUUUUCUACACAUGUGUCAGUGACCGAGUCCGAUGUUUCUGGUGUGACGGUGGACUGAAAGACUGGGAACCGGGUGAUGUCCCAUGGGAGGAACAUGCCACGUGGUACCCAGACUGUGAGUUCUUGCGUCAGCGGAAAGGGGAUGCCUUUGUACGAGCGGUACAGGCCUCUACUCCCUACUACCUACGAGGACAGCAACAUGUACAGCAUGUCCUUGAUUCAGUGCUUGACUCCAGGUGGUACCUGUUCAGAAGUGCCCUGGGACAGCUGCAGCUGUAUGACAGUCACCUGCGGAUCAGCCUGCCCCUCAGCAGUGGGAAACACCGAGACAGGUUCCAGGUGCUUCUUCUCGUGAAUGGCCAGGCUAUGGUGGUGGAUGUCGCCUCAGUGGAGUUUCCAAAGAAUCCACCAUCUACAGAAACAAGAAGACAGGUUUCUCUUCUGUUGGAAGAUGAGACAGCUGUGAUGGAGAAACUACAGGAAGUUCUGUUCACCAACAGCUCAGGGUUUCCAGACUUGCCAUGUGGGAUCAGGCCCGGACAAAUCUGCCUACACAGACUGGACAGACAGAAGAAGGUUGUUGUGAGUUCUGCUGCCCAUGCCAACUCACAGCGUGGCACGGUCUUGGUGGCACCAAUCAACGAGCUGGGGACUGCAGACAUCAACCAAAUCACCUCAGCAAAGAAGGAUGAUCUCCUCCCCACCAGUGAUGACCAGUACUAUGACAUCGCCAGGCUGUUGGACGAUCUGGACAAGAGGUUCUUCUCUGCUCUGGGACCAGACCCUCGACAGAUCUGCAUGGAUCUGGCGAACAUGUCUCUACCAAACCCCACAAGGACAGGCAGUAGAAAGCUGCCACUGGGUUGGCUUUCAGAACAAACCUUGCAGAGAGAAGUUUUCAGUGAAGUCAUCUCAGCACGGGCUCAUCUGGAGUACGGCCCGGGUCACAUUCCCAAGUCAACCACCUUCCUCCACACUGUGGACCAACGUGGCCUGAGACAAGAGUCCAGGAGACUCCAAACCUUCAUGGACUGGCCUCGGUCCACCCCUGUCAAGCCAGAACACCUGGCAGCAGCUGGAUUCUUCUACAUCGGGAAAGGAGACAACGUGCAGUGCUGCACCUGUGGGAAUGUGCUCAAUCACUGGAGGGAGGGGGAUGACCCAGUGCUAGAACACUUCUACCGCUUCCCAGACUGUGAGUUUGCAAUCGGUUAUGACGUUGGGAACGUCCCAAUAUCAUCAUCGCUGGAACCCCGACAGGAGACUGUUUCUUCUUUAGAGAAGGAACUUGACAGACUGAGGGAAGAGAGAAUGUGUAAAAUCUGCAUGGAGGAGGAUGCUGUGAUUGUGUUCCUGCCAUGUGGACAUCUUGCAGUCUGUCAGACAUGCUCUGCCACCCUUCACAAUUGCCCUAUCUGUAGGAAGCAGAUUGAUAGAACCGUCAGAGCAUUCAUGUCUUGAUUCUAAAGCAAGCAUCUGUUAUUUCCAACACAAAAAUAGAAAUCACAAGGAACUAUGAGAAACCACAAGGAAUCAGGAGACAUCACACUUCUUCUUUCAUUGAGUAUCUCAGUAUCUGGAUGUCUACCCUCCAUCAACACAUCCUGGGUACUUCUUUGUGAUGUCUUGAGGUUCCUUGUUAUUUCGUAUGGUUCCUCUGGUUCCUUGUGGUUUUUAACUAAGGUCACACUGACUUAAUUUUGUGGAUGACAUCCUCUGAAGACCCCGAAACUAGUGUGUGUGGGCAAAUCAAACAAUUCUAGCCCAAACAAAAUGCUGUUAAACCACAGGAAUACAAAUUUUAAGGUUACCUUAUUGAGAAUUUAAUGCAUGUGCAGAGAUGUCUUCCAUAAAACAAAAUCAGUGUUGCCUUAUUAAUUCUAACCACAUGAAAGCACAAGGAACCAUGAGAAACCACAAAACAUAUUAUGAUACUUAUUAUAAGCUUCUUCUUUUUCUUAGUCAUGAUGCCUCAUGGUUCCUUGUGGAUACUCCUGGAAUUGAACAGUAAGAAGAUGAUACAAAGUCCCUCCGGUUAUAGUGGGACCUGACUAUAGUGAUUGGGCUGAAACCUGCAGCAGUAUACACUGUGAGAUUCGGAAAAGAGAACAACAAUGAGAAGUCCACCAGUCGUUUGACUUUUAUCUUGUGCCCUAUCGGGAUCAUUAAAUUGUUUUAAAAAGUAUCACGUCUUGGUGUUGUUAUUCUGUUGUGACAUGAGACAGGAUGCUGAAAAGACCAAGGUUUUCAUGCCUGGUGGUCAAACGUCCUCUAUAUUUUCAGGCAGUUAAAAAAACUUCUAACACCGAACACCUCUGACAGUAUUUUAUUCUAGCAUAUAAAGUAACUCCAAAGUUAGAAUCGGGUUGUAAAUCUGAGUUUCAAAUUAGCAGAUGCGUAAUAUACUAUGUACAUGUAUAAAGCUGUCCUCAUACUGUAAGCUAAUCAGGAUGCCUUGCUAAUGAAAUUCAGGCCAAUUGAUGUAAAGCAACUUCAAGUAUCACCGCCAUGAUAAUUUGGCAAAUAACAUCCAUAUCAGCAAACUACUGUACCCCAUCUCCAAAAUUUAAGAAAGUACACAUACAAGCUUCAAUCUGCAUUCCUUAUACCAAGGAGGUUUAACUUGCUAAUAUUAUUAUGAUGACAGAAAAAUUAGACAGAAAACUGUACAUGGACCUUUAUUCUCUGUUGCCACAAUUAUUCAAAGAAUAGGCAGACACCAUAGUUCUACUAUUUCACAAAAAUACUGGCGCAUACAAAUUCAUACAAGCACCUAAGAUUUAGCCACUAUUGAAGCACUAUAUAGACUCUAUAAUUAAACUCAAAUAUAAGCCAGAAAGUCAUAUAUUCUAUCAUAUACUUUGUCAGUACCAAACAUUAUGCAUAGAAGUUCAUAAACGGCAAAAUAUAUAAUUCUAUAAAUUCUUCUUCCUUAAAUCUAAAAAAAGUUUCAAGUAAAAAAGCAGAACACUCGACUAGUACACGACUAAUUCACAAAUUAUUAUACCUGACUAUAUAAUUAUCAUACCAUUCUAUGGCUAGUACAAUUAAGCAAGGUGCAUAGGUUGAGUACUGGUAUUUGCUGCAAGUUGUGAAAUUAUGGUAGUUUUCACAAAUUUUGGCAUAAUUCUAAAUCACCACAGUCCUUAAAAUCUCUAAUAUGGCACUGGGAUAUUAUCAC